AUGUCAUACAUCAGUACUUCGUUUUUCGUAGUGAUGCUUUUUACGUUUGUAUGCGCAUCUAUACCGCUCAACCAUUUUGUAAACUCACAAACUUUAACAUCGUCUUUUCAAACCCGAAAAUACAACACAAAAGAAGGGUUGGACGACCACACGAUCAUCCAAGAUGGGGUGUGUCUUCAAAUUAUCGAUGUGAACGAGACCAGCAAUAACAAUAUUGUUUCGUGUUUAUCAAGUUACUUUUUGAUGAACAACAAGUGUGUUUUAUGCUCGUCAAAAUAUACGCACUGCACAAACUGUGAUAAACUGCAGUGUACGCAAUGCGAGAGGGGGUUUACAUUUCUUGAAGGGAGAACAUGUGUGAACAAGAGUUGUGUCGAUGGAGAAAUUGUUGACGAGAAUGGGCAAUGUGAAGUCCCAAGAGGAAAUUGUGGAGGUGGUGUUAUGGUGAAUUGGCGGUGUGUGUAUUGCGAUCAAAACUAUUUCUAUUACCCAAGUGAUGGGUCUUGUCGGUCGAUAAACAAUCAACUCAAUUGCGAGCAAAGUUUGCGUGGAGUUUGUACGCGUUGUAAGAGUGGAUAUUUCAUGGACAAUGGGGUUUGCGUGAGCUGUGACCAAAAUUGUCAAACUUGCAAAUUUUCAUCGAAGAACUGUUCGUCAUGUCCGAGUGGGUUUGUACUCAACAACAAUUUGGAUGGUACAAAAAAGUGUUCCACUCCAAUUGCCGCAAAUCCCGAGUGCUUGGAAUUCAACGACGAUAGCCCAAUUUGCAGGGUGUGCCGAGAUGGAUUUUAUUUCAAAGACAAAAAAUGUGUGAAAUGCCCAGACGGUUGCGAGUUGUGUAACAGCAAGUGUUUAACGUGCAACUCAAGUUACUAUCUGACCAUAACAGGAAUGUGUAAGCCUAAAAGUGAUAUGGAAGACGUGUGCAAUGGUGUGAUAAAUUCAUAUGGAUGCGACAAGUGUAAACCAGGGUUUUAUACUUUCAAUAAAGAGUGUUUUAAAUGUGACACUGGGUGUAUUGUGUGCAAAACAGGGUUGUCAUGCAUUCAAUGCGAUGAAAAUCGAAUAUUAAAAGAAGGGAAAUGUCACUUAGCAGAAGGUGUGCCAGGGUGUACAAGUGUUUCAAACUCGAUGUGUGCUACUUGUAAAUUUUGGAGUCACCCAAGUGACAAUGGACUUUCAUGUGAGAAUGCCCCUGUGUGGUGGGUUUUCUUUGUUUUAUUUUUGGUUGUAUUGGGGGUGAUUGGGUUACUUGUCUUGAUUGGAUUUGUGUUGUGGAAGUUACACAAAACAAUCGAGACACAGAAGGUUGAAGAAAAUCUGACUCUAUUUGAAAUGAAACGGUCGAACAUCCAAUUUAUUACUUUGAAGAAUGGAAUUUGUGUUAGUACGAACGAAAUCAACUUUAACAUGGAGACAAACGGCAUUCCAGUUAACAAAGAAUCCCGACAAAUACUGUGCAUAGGGAAUGACAACGAAUACACAAUAAAUGUUCAACUCACGUCGGACAAUUCAGAAAAAAAGUAUUUGUUGCGGAUGGAACCUGCUAUUGUAACACUUAGAAAGGGGGUUGCGUGUGAAUUUGAAAUUUAUAUCACCCCCAACUUUACAUGUAACAUUUCGUCUGUGGCCAAGAUCGUUUCAAAGUCGCUAGAAAAUGGAGAUGAGAAUAUAACUGAUAUUACCAUAAAUGCAAUUACAGAGAGUUCUAUUCGCAUAGACCCCGAUGAGUUGAUUGAAGAAGAGAUAAUAGGAGCAAGCAAUUUUGGGAUUGUGUAUCAAGGGAAAUUGAGUAACAAAUACGUUGUAGCAAUCAAAAAGAUGAAACAUAGCACCGAUGAAGAGGGAACACAAACCGAGUUUGAACAAGAGGUUGAACUCCUCGAGAAAUGCAAGAAUCAAUAUUUACCCAAAUUCUACGGCGCAGUGUUUGUAACAACCAAAAUUUCAUUUGUUGUUGAAUUUGCGGAGUAUUUAAGUCUUCAAGAUGUUAUGGAAAAUUACAGUCCCAAAGAUGUUGGAUUACCACUUCGAAUAAAAAUGAUGAGCGACGCAGCCAAUGGUUUGUUGUAUCUCCAUGACCACGAAGUUUUGCACGGCGACUUGAAACCGACAAAUAUUUUGGUGUUCUCGUUGAACAUGAAGGAGACGGUCAACGCAAAACUGACUGGUUUCGGCUCGAUGAGAAAUGUCAAGUUACUCCAACAAAACUUGGCAAUGACAAAAGAAGUUGACUCGCCAAAGUAUUUUCCACCAGAAAUACUUAUGCAAGGGAAGUAUACCAAAGCCAGUGAUGUGUUUUCGUUGAGUAUUGUUAUGUAUGAGUGUUUUGGGUGGAAAGAGGCAUACCCUAAAGAAGAUUUCAAAUUUCAAUGGAAAAUUGCAGAGUUUGUGACUGGUGGAAAGAGGCUUAAAAACGUCGAGAAGAUCCCAGUUAGACAUUUCAUUCUGAUAACAAAUUGUUGGUGCCA